AUUCUCUAUACGUCACUCAAUUUAAGCAAUGCAGAAUGGAGCACCAAACUUGUACAGUGGAAGUGCCACUUGUAUUUUAAAUGAGAAGCACAACAUGAGGUGGUACUGUUUUAAACGAACUAUAUUCUGGUACGAUGCUGCAGUUAAUCACCAGUACAGUGAAAUGUGACCGAUGUCACUUAGGAAUAUAUCAUUAGGUGGCGCUUAUGUGCUUGUAAUGCUCUAAAAUGAAACUCUACAAAUGACAGUGACACCUUAUAUCGGACUAUGGUCUCUUAAAUGUUUUUCAUAAUGUAAAAUUUCUCAAAUGCAAAAGUGGUGAAGUGACAAGCCUUUAACAAGAAAACAAAGGGAAAUAUCGGCACAAAUAAGCAUAUUUUGUGUAACAAAUGUUCUGUCUUGUCCAGUCAAAACAAUCAUUAUUUAAACCAACGUCCCUUAAUUAAAUGUAACAAACUACAGAAAAUGUGGGCGGACACUUUAAACUGCCACAGCUCCUCCUCGCCGCUGGGGGGCGGUGUCUCACAUCGGUGGAGGAGCAGAGGUGAAAGGUCGUAGCUGGGCAGUCUGCCGGAAAACACCGACCACGACUCGAGAGCAAAAUAUGGGUGAAAAUGAAGAAUUUGCCGCUUCUUUAGAAGACAGCAAGGCUGCAUACGUACUCAGCAAUGUCGCCGAAGUGGUUGAGCGGAUUCUGACGUUCGUACCGACCAAAUCGCUGCUCCGGAUCGUAAGUGUGUGCAGACUGUGGAGGAACUGUGCCCGUAGAGUGCUGAGGACUCAGCAGCAGCUCACAUGGGUGUCAGCCUGUGGGCCGUCCAACACGGAGGCCCACGUCCUAUGCAGCAUCCUGGCUGAGGAGGUGGAGAAAGUGUUUCUCGUGCCCAAAACCGUUCUGACGUUGGUAGACUAUGAGGGCUUCACUGGACGAGCGUUUUGCUACAAACAGAAUAAAGCCAAAAAGAAUCGCCACAGCCCAGACACGGUUGAAGAACUCAACCUGCUCUUCCCGAAAGGCUGUGACAUCAUGGGCAUCACCACACCAGGCGUAGUCUUGACUCCCAGUGGCUCCUACUCCAGCCUUCCUCGGGAGUACCAGGAGGGGGAGGCUGGCUUUGCCAUCAUGUUCCCAAGCAUAGAAGGUGUCCACAUCAAGCCCUUUCAUUUUUGCAAGAAGUCCAUUUCCCCAACAGCUCUGAAAGAAGCAGGACUAGUUGACAACCCCGAGCUGCGUGUGGUACUGAUAUUUGUCUACGAGGCAUAUAAAACCGGAGGAGUGCACUUCCUCAGCCAGAUACUGGAGCCUCUGGCCAAGAGCAAAGCGCUCAUUGCUGGAGGGCUGGUAGAAAGUGUCUUCUCUCCUCACAGACACUGCUGUAGCCAGGGGUCAUAUGGUGUGGUGGGCCUGGCCUUGAGUGGCCCUAAGGUGCAGGGGGCAUCUGUGCUCUUGGACCAAGAAGUCAGCAACCCAAAGGCGGCCGAAGCCACGAUCCAGCGGCUAAAAGCAGCCAAAAUUCCCGAGAGGAACACCCUAGGGUUCAUGUUCGCCUGCGUGGGGAGAGGCCAGAACUACUACCACAACCAGGCCAACGUAGAGGCCGACGCCUUUCACAAGGUGUUCCCCAACACCCCGCUCUUCGGCCUGUUUGGCAACGGCGAGAUUGGCUGCGACCGAAUCGUUAAAGACGACUACACGCUGUGCGACACUGACACGGACAGUCUGCAGCACGAGUACACUACAGUCAUGACCCUGGUGCAUUUAGGCUGACGGACUGACCCGCAGUCACAAUGACCAACCGGUAGUAAAAUAAAACAGCAAGUCGGGAACAAGAAACAUUUUGUACAGUGUCGCUCACAUUAAGUCUCAGAAUAUUGCUGUCACCAGUUCUGCUCAUAAAGCAGGACGAUGAUGUCAUGGCAUCAUUUGGGAAAUUGUGUCCCUCUGAGACUGUGUGUGUGUAAACACGGCUUCCUAUUAAAACUAGUGAGUUUCACAAAGUUUUAAUAUUCAUAGUAUUCAAAUCUGAUAGAGCACUCUUGUAAAAUAUGUGUAUAUAGUUUUCCUAAAUUCUGCCCAUAUUCCCGGCACAUCUUACCCACUGACAUUCACCUCAUGGUCUGUUUGUUGUGCAGGUAAGUUCAAAUAUACACUCGUGUGUCCCUCAAGCUAUUGUUGUAGUUGGUGAUUCAGCGCAGGCACUUUUAUUCAUGUAAGUAUGAGUGUGGUCCCUCUUCCACACAAUCAAGGCUAUCUUGAUCUAAAUGCUAUCCCCUGUUACGUAGGUUUUAUACUUAUGGUUUUUACAAAAAAAUAAACGCGUUAACCUACAACUUGAUACUCUUUUGCAAGAUAUCUAUAGGUCAUAGUUCAAUUGGGCACAGAGGCAUCAGUCAGAUUCUUACAGUGCCUCUUUUAUUGUCCACGUCAGGUCAUAUCUCCUACUACCUACUACCAACUGUUAAUGGUUGGGCUUCAUGGUUAUGGCAUCUCCUGCAGCUUAAAUGAAUAAAGUUCCCCUAAAACAGAAGAGUAGCCCUGUGACACUGACCAGCAGAAACUCUCAAUUUCACCUCAAAUACAUCUCAGUUCUUCUGCAACUUCUAACUUUAGGAAAUAGUUGUCAAGGUAUACUUUCCAAGGUUAGAAUAAAAAGUGAGAAAUUGGCGUAGAUGAUGAUGUAUUUGGUAUCCUUUCUAAAUUUUUCUAAAAACGGUUAUUUUUGAAAUCCUGAUGGUACAGCUUGAGACUCUAAAUGAGGUCCACAUAUUGCACAUGCCUUCUUUAUACAAUAGAAUAUUGGUAAACAUCCAUUAUCUCUUUAUCAAUGUGUUAUUUUCUAGAUGGCCCUGUCAUUGAUUGUUGCCAUACUGUUAUAUAUAUAUAUAUAUAUA